AGCCUCAAUGCUUUGGUGGCCUUAAACUGGGAGGUUGUUUUGAUGUUUCCAAAGGAAAGAGCUGUCCAGGAAAAGGCCUUGAAGGAAGCCAGGACUCCCAUCAGGCACUGUUUGUAGGAACCACAGACCAUGAACUGGGGAGUCUUUCAAGGGCUUCUGAGCGGGGUGAACAAAUACUCCACAGCCUUUGGACGUAUCUGGCUCUCAGUGGUCUUCAUCUUCCGGCUGCUAGUCUACAUAGUGGCGGCUGAGAAAGUUUGGGGAGAUGAUCAAAAGGACUUUGACUGCAAUACUGAGCAGCCAGGCUGCCCCAAUGUCUGCUAUGACUUUUACUUCCCAGUCUCCCACAUCCGCCUUUGGGCCCUACAGCUCAUCCUGGUUACCUGUCCUUCCUUGCUGGUAAUGAUGCAUGUUUCUUACCGGGAAGCCAAACUGCAGAAAUAUAGGGAGAAGGUUGGAGCAGACUAUGCUCUUCGGUAUCCUCCAGGCAAGAAGCGUGGGGGCUUGUGGUGGACCUACCUCUUCACCCUCAUCUUCAAGGCCUCUGUGGACAUUAUAUUCCUCAUUAUUUUCUACCGCUUGUAUCCAAACUACACCCUGCCAAGUCUGGUAAAAUGUUCCCUCGACCCUUGUCCCAAUCUUGUUGACUGCUACAUAGCUAGGCCCACAGAAAAGAACAUCUUCACCCUUUUCAUGAUCAUCACAGCCUGUGUUUGCAUCCUCCUCAGCCUCAUUGAAGCCUUCUACCUCGUUGGGAAGAGAUGUAGGGAGCACCUUCAGCCCAGAAGUGAAGGCCACAGGAGGCAGGGCAGUGAAGUACUCAUCUCGAAAAAAGACACUUUCUCCCUGCCCCCCAGUGAACAAGAUCCAACUGAAGUAAGUGUACAGGUGUCCAAUGGUGGAGAUUACAAGCCAUCCACUCCCAUCUUCACAGACGACUCUAAGCUUACAAGCCGCACUGUCAAAACCAACCUUUAAAUCCUGGGAAAUUGGGUAAUGGAGACCUUCUGAAGAACCAGAAAUCCCAUACCAGCACCUUCUGCUAGGAGGGAUAUGGGUGAGAUGUGCAAGAAGGAAUAUCGGGGAAAAGUGGGACUGGAAAUUACUGAUCAGUUAUUUGUCCCAUGUCUGGAAUAGAAAUUGAACCAAAGAAUACAAUCAGUAUUAGCUGCUAUUGUUUUCAGUCCAAAACGAUAUGUUACUAUAUGUAAUUGAUGGUGCCUCCCCAGUUUCCAUUUUGUUUCCUUUGCAUUGAAAUGAGAUGAAUUGCAUUCGCCAUAGUGAACAAUGAGACGAAUAAUGAAGUUUUAUUCAGAAGUCAAACUGCAGCAGAACAGAAACAGUGCUACAUGCAAUGAAUACAGAGUGGAAAGGAAACCGAUGCUUUCUAACAUUCUUUUGUGCAAGAUAGAGCCACGGAUGGCCUGUGUCAGGCACCCACUCAACUCAACCUGUUCAAUUUUCUGAUGUCCUUGUUUGAUCUAAGAAUAUUGUAUUAAAUGGCCAUAUCCAA